GGGUGCCUCCGAAAGGUUUGAAAAUCCCUGGAUUAAGGUAAAGGGCUUCUAUUGCAUCUUUCUCUGUUAACCCCAUGACUGUGAUGAUGGUUUCAUUGUGAAAGAGAGAGUGAGAACAUGGUCCUAAGACUAUUUAUAUGUGAGUAUAUGAAAUGCUAUUUGAUAAUCCAAUAUAUAAAUGCAAAUGCAAUUAUUUGACCAAUUCUGUGAAUAUUAUUGACUCUUGUAUGAUAAAAUGCUUGUGUUGCUGCUCACUUGUAAUCACCAUGAUUUUUGAUCAUGUUUCAUCUUCAGGUUUCAGUGUCUUAAUGAUUGUCACUGAAGCAGUGAAAGUUCAUCCAGGAGGAAACACAACACUCUCCUGUAGCAUUAAAGAUGAUAGAGAGAUUAACUGGAUCAUUACGAAUGGAAACCAAACAUUUGAUAGAAUUCUGAAACUAGAAUACCUUUAUGGAGGUAAAUUUAAACCAGAGCCCUCCGAUAUUCACCCCAGUUAUGCAGGUCGGAUAACUGCACUCAUUUCUACCAUAAACACUCACUCUCUGCUUCUGAUGAACAUCACUGACACUGAUCUCAUGCUCUACUGCUGCAUGGACUUCACAUUUGAACAAUCUCACUGCACAAAGCUGGACUAUCAAGGUGAUGUAGAUGUGAGCGCUGAAGAUGUUGAUCAAGAUACAGAUACUAUCAGUCAUGAUCCAGUGAUCGUCGAUAUCGUCUUUUGGCUGCCUGUCAUCUGUGUGCUUCUGCUACUGUUACUGGUGUCACGUGUCUAUUUGUGUUGGAGAGGAACAGGACUGUGGAAAGGUUGUGGAAGAACUAAUAACCUGAACCAGGGCUGGAUUCACAAUAGUGUUCAGGGUAAAAUGGGACAAGAUGAUUGGACACUGGCUGAAGUUUUGUAUACACCGAUACCUUAAUUCAUUAUUUCAAUUAUUUAUACUCUUAUCUUCAUCUUGUGUAUUUAAUACAAUUUGGUAAGCAUCAGUGUCUCUUUGGUAAUCAAG